AUGGUUCUUUUACUUUUAGUGGAAACAACAUCUCAGAGGGUUUAUUCAGAAUUUCCACAUUAGACAAGUAAGAUGACCGGGAGAAGACAUAUGUACCUGGCUCUAAUCUGUGCAUUGUGCCUGAAAGUAAUCCAGGCUGUGAGAGUCGGGAAUGUGCUGAUUCAGUCGGAAUUCUAUCAGACUCAGCUUCCAAGCGCAGAGUUCGCUUUCCAGUUUGAUGAUGACGAGAUAUUUAAUGUGAAUUUUGACAAUAAAGAGGUGAGAUGGAGACUGCCGCAAUUUGGAGAGCUGGCCAGUUUUGAGGCUGCUGGUGCCUUGCAAAACAGAGCAGUGAUGACUCAAAACCUGCAGAUAUAUAUAAAGAGAUCAAACAACACGGCAGCAAAACCAGUCACUCCUAUAAUACACGUUUUCACAGAGGAACCAGUCGUCCUGAAUGAGCCCAACAAACUGACUUGUUUUGUCAAGGAAAUCUUUCCACCAGUUAUCAAGAUGAGCUGGCUGAAGAAUAAUGAGCCGGUGACGGUCGGAGUUUCAGACACUGACUAUUAUUUUGCAUCAGAUUUGACUUAUUACAAAUUCCUAUACUUGGCUACCAUCCCGGCAGAGGGCGACGUGUACACCUGCUCUGUAGAACAUGCUGGACUCCCUACUAACCCCACCAACAAGUUCUGGUUUCCUGAGGCGCCCAGUCAUCUGUCAGAGACGUCCGAGAAUGUAGUUUGUGGCCUGGGCCUAGCGGUUGGAAUAAUUGGAAUCGUUGCUGGCAUUUUUCUGAUCUUCAAAGGACUAAGGAAUAAUAAUCAAAAUAGAGGCCGCUGAUCUCCCAGCUUUUAUACUACAGCAGCGAAUCAUCACCCUACACAGAUGAUCUAACUAUCCCUAAAUGUUGCCGAAGGUCUGAUCUUCUAUAUGCAGAUUGAAGAUGUGGCUGCCCUGCUUGCCCAGGCACUAUGGAAGCCCUGUCUCUAAAUUCUACCUGCGGUUUUUUGUACGCUUCCUUUUUUGUAGGCUGUGCCAGGAUUCACGGAUACAGUACAUGGCUUGGCUUGAAAGGCUGUGUAAAAGGCGCUCUUUGAAAUUCUCUUUACAAUGUGCAUAUUGGCACGAGACACAAAAUUGAUAUUUCCUUUGUAAAUAGGUGUUUGCUUCAGUUUAAUCAUCUUACUACGGUCGGCUUCUGCACUUUCAACACUAUAAUCAUAUCACUGAUAUUUGCUAUUGAAUCAUGUAACAGCUUUGUACAACAGCAGUGCAGGAAUAUAUUACAGGAUCUGUCCAUGAAGUCAUCUAUAGGAUGUUUUUUAGGUUUAGUAGGACAUUUUAAAGUUGCCUUAAUAAAAAAUAAAAAAUAAAAUAAAAAAAAACUUUUGUAAAAG